GUAACGGUAACUAAGAGCCAUUAGACUCCAUUUUUCUCCUCUAAAUUUAGCUAUGCUUCUUCCUCUUCUGAAUUGGGACCUAACUUAGGCCUGUUUCUUCUUCUUCUCCUCAUUCGGGUCCUCUAAAUUUAGCUCUGUUUCGUAUUUAGAUACUCUUAAGCGGCUCAGUUUCUUGUUCUUCAUAUUUAGAUCAUCUUGAAGUAGGUCCUUUUGGGUCCUCUUUAAUUUAACUCUAGCACUUGUUCUUGUUUUGAUUUGGGUGCUUUAAACUUGGUUCUAUUUCAUAUUCUUUUAAUUUUGGUUCUUUUAAGUCUGCUCUGUUCUUCAUCUCCUUGUUUGGGUCCUCUAAAGUUGGCUUCUUUUCUUCUUCCGAUUUGGCUCCUCCGAACUUUCCGCUGUUCCUGAUUUGGGUCGUCUGAAUUUGAUAGAGAUUCUCUAAAUAUGGGGUUAUCGAGCUUCCCAACUGCAUCAGAAGGGGUCCUUCCUGUUCUACUCAUGAAUACAUUCCUCUCCAUAGCUUUGGUGAAAGACCUCCUCAGGUCUGUGCUCCAAGCAAUGGGUCACCGCCCAAAUCCUUCUCUAAAUUUAGAGGAGGACUUAGCUGAUGAUCUAGUGGAGCCUCUUCCAGUUUGUUCCCGAUUUGCAGAAGAAGUGAGAGAAAGCGUAUCGGUCACUCUGUUUAAGUGCUUGCCUAUGAAUAGUGGAUGCCCAGUUGAGUGCACUGUGUGCCUUUAUAAGUUUGAAGAGGAGGAGGAGAUCAGUAAGCUAAGAUGCAACCAUGUCUUUCAUAGAGACUGUCUUGACAAAUGGCUGGACCACUGGCAUAGCACUUGCCCUCUGUGCAGAACUUCUGUCAUCUCUGGAGAGUACUGGGAUGCUUGAAGUUGAACUGUUGUGGGAAAGAAUGGUGGAAAUGACAUAUGAAGAUAAAAUAGAGAGGUGGAUGAGGUUUGUGUAAAUGAAGAGGACAAUUUCUGAGAGUUGUUUGGAGAUGGGUUUUGAGUGUGGGUGAGGGAGUGGUUUCAGUUAGAGAAACUAAUGUGUGUGUGUGUGUGUGUGUGUGUGUGUGUGUGUGUGAGAGAGAGAGAGAGAGAGAGAGAGAGAGAGUCGU